AACGCGGUCGCGUCCAUGUCCAAAUGUCAAAACUCUUCUCUCUACUAGAGUUGAUUCGUCUCGCAGAUUCACUGCCCCGGUCCGUGGAGCAGCUCAUAGCUACAUCCCCGUCCUCCACAAUAGGACUUCCACUCCUUGUCGGGCCCAAUGACACGCAGAUCGGCAUCAUUCGGCCGUCUAUACUAGAGCAUAUAUCGCAAUAUGGCACCGUAUUUCAGAUUGGUCCAACAGCCGUACGUCUUAACCCCGACCUAGACACGCCCCAGGCCAGAACAGAUGCGGUGGAAGCUGUAUUACGGCAGCUGCAGACGGUGGACGAUCCCGAACUUGUGUGCUUGAAGGGAUGGCGAAAUGAACGUUACGAUGUUCACGGCGAUAGGAAAAAAGAGGAAGGCAUUCUCAUGGAGCUGGAGAGGGCUGCAGCCGGCGUAUUAGGCGUGCGAUCUUAUGGAUGUCAUAUGAACGGGUAUCAGCGGGAUCCGCAAACUGGGGAGAUGAAAAUGUGGAUUGCACGCCGUAGCAAGACGAAACAAACGUAUCCCGGAAUGUUGGAUAAUUUGGUUGGUGGCGGGCUAGCAGCGGGGGUUGAUCCACUUUCCAACAUUAUCAAAGAGUGCUGGGAAGAGGCUGGACUAGAUGGUGCGAUGGUUGCCAAAAAUAUUGUCAAUGUAGGUGCGGUGACGUUCUACUUGGUUAAUGAGGAAAGAGGAUGGAUUCCUACGACCGAAUAUGUGUAUGAUCUUGACGUGGGGAAUAGCUUCAUGCCAAAGGCUGUGGAUGGGGAAGUGCAAGGGUUCCAGUUGUUGAACGUGGACGAGCUCAAAGAGCAUCUCUACAGUGGUGAAUUUACGCCAGAGGCGGGUUUGGUGGUUAUCGACUUUCUGAUCCGCCACGGAUUCGUGACUGCCAUGAAUGAACCUGAUUAUAUAGAUAUCCUUUCAGGGAUGCAUAGAGAACUCGUGUCUCCCGGACCACAGUAUGGUCUAUGAACAAUGUUCAUUGAUGUAGAGUAUGUACAGGAAUCCAGAUUUUGGAAAAUAUGCUCCAGUCUAACAUGUAGAAAGAAAAUAUCAAACGAUCGCA